AUGUGCCUGCUGAUGCGAGUGUGGCCAUGGGGGGUUGGCCAGCAGGGGACGGGCGAGUUGCCCACCUGGCCCACGCCCUUCUCGCCCUUCUCGCCCGUCUCGAGGCCGCCAUUUUGCUUUUGGGGGGUGGAGAUGCCUAUCUGCUCACGUCGCUACGCUUCUGAUCCGCAUUCAUCCACCCAGCCCACGCAAUAUUGCCCGUCCAUGCCCUGCCAGCCCCAAGCCGGCCGCCAGUGGGCCACGGUGAAACCCUAUCGACGAAUCCAUCCCUCCCGGCCCAUGAGCCGUGCCGUGGCGUCUGUCAACUGUCAACUCAAUCACCACUUGCUAUCAGCGACGCGUCCAUCACUUUCCCUCUUGGACCCCGCUGCAUCUGAGCGACCCGGCUCUUCUCCCACCGCCAAACCACCAGUCUGCAGUCUCGCCGCCAAUGCCAAUGCCAAUGCCGGCUUACCAUGUACAGUCGAUGCCAUCUCUGUUCGCGACAUUGGUGAUACAGCGACCACCCUAGCCUCGGUAGCAUGCCGUCACCGCCAGCCAAUCACACGCCCCUCACCAAAGGCCGACUCUGCAUGUUUCCGUAUUGCUCUCAUUCGCGCCUCUCCAUCUCUCCAUCUCUCCAUCUACCUGCUCUACACACUCUACCUGCACACUCUCUCAAGUACCAUGCUCAGGUGA